AUAUUAAUCAUUGAUAGGUAAUAGGAAGAACGGGUUUUAAUUGGCCAGAACACCAACGUGACAAGUUGAAGUUUGUCUCCACUAGUUCUCUGCGAAACAACUGUAAUUGCAGAUUGAGUUUUGAGGUAGAGAAUGCAGUGCCUGAAGGGUUUUUCUCAAAAUCCACCGUCGAUCAUUUCUGCUACAACUUCCUUUCCUUUCAACAAUCUUAGCAGAAGCAUAGUUUUUGGACAUUCUUCCAUACCAAUGAACCAAAAUGUGAAAUUCUCAAAUGGUACUCUGCUCAAGGUUCCACAAACUCAUUGCAGAGCUUCAAUGGAAGUUCAAGAGGCCUCUCCCAGAAGUGCCAAUAGUACCAACUUACAGGUCCAUGGGCUUUCGGAAACAAUUGUGGGUGUUCUUGGUGGAGGGCAACUUGGUCGUAUGUUGUGUGAAGCAGCUUCUCAGAUGGCAAUAAAGGUGAUAAUUCUAGAUCCAAUGGAGAAUUGUCCAGCAAGUAACUUAUGCCAUUAUCAUAUGGUGGGAAGUUAUCAUGAUAGUGCUACAGUUGAAGAAUUUGCCAAAAGAUGUGGAGUAUUGACUGUCGAAAUUGAGCAUGUUGAUACCGCAACUCUCGAGAAACUUGAACAACAAGGGGUGGAUUGUCAACCUAAAGCUUCGACGAUCCGGAUCAUCCAGGUUUUGAUUUCUAGCUGUUAAUGCAGUUUCUUGAGA